UCGCUCCUUGAACGGUUACUGUUAGACAAAAACUUGAAACUAAUUAAUUUGCUCAACCGAUUCCCAUUUCAUUCUUUCACUGAGCAGUUGAACUAAAGCAUGCUUGGGAAAAUUUGUACAUCAAUGUGGCCUGCCACCUUGAAUUCGAAUCCCGGAAUUAGUUUUCAGAGAAAGCCUCCAAACCCAUUUUCACCAUUUGGCAAAAUUCACUCUUUCUCAACCUUAUCUUUAUUACCCCUUCACAAGAACAAUUUAAAUCAUACCCAUUUCUAUUUGAAAGUUUCUUCAUCUUCUUCAGUUGGAAGUUCAGGGUAUACAGAGGAACCUGCUACCAAUGUGAGAUUUCAGACAUCUUUAAGUUUGCCAGGAUGCUCAAGUUCAUUAUCAUUACUUGGAACUGGGUAUAGAGAGAAGGUUUUUGCUAUCAUUGGUGUGAAGGUGUAUGCUGCUGGACUAUAUGUUAAUCCGUCCAUCUUAAGUGCAUUGGAUACUUGGAAAGGGCAAUCAACUGCUGAGAUCCAUGGGAAUGCAGCAUUUUUCAGCUCAAUUUUUCAAGCUGCUUUAGAAAAAUCACUACAGAUUGUACUGGUGAGAGAUGUUGAUGGUAAAACUUUUUGGGAUGCCUUGGAUGAUGCCAUCUCCCCAAGAAUCAAAGCACCCACUCUAGUUGAUGAAUCUGCUUUGUCCGCAUUUCGUAGUGUUUUUCAAGAUCGGGCUCUUAAGAAAGGAACAUUCAUAUUUUUAACAUGGUUGGAUCCCUCAAAAUUGCUUAUCUGUGUCUCUUCAGAUGGGAUACCAUCUAGUGUGGAUGCUACAAUAGAGUCCGCAAAUGUUGCUUCUGCACUUUUUGAUGUAUUUUUCGGAGAUGCUUCAGUUUCUCCUUCAUUGAAAGCUUCAGUGACCACCGGGCUGGCAACAAUUCUCAAGUGAACACCAUGACAUGGUUUGCUUAAGUUUUAUAUUAUACCCUUGUGGUAUUUAGUUUGUCAAAGCUUAUGUUACUUCGUUUCGUAUUUAUUUUAUUGAUUACUUGACUUUUAGUAUAAAUCUAGUUAUCUUAUUUGUAGCUUUGCUGUCAAAUGGAAACAAGUGUCUUUAUCUAAUUGAUUUUACCUGUAGUAUAUAUUUUUACGAUAUGAAAGAUAGUGAUAGCUCUCAUUCA